AUGCUCGAUAACCGCGCCGGAAAGGCCAGUAUUCUCAGCUGCAAAUACCAUGGCUGGUCUUAUGGGUUCAAGGGAAAUCUCGCCAAGGCACCGAGGUUCGACACUGUCAGGGGAUUUGAUAAGAACCAGCAUGGACUGCUUCCAAUUCACGUCCGCGUGGAUCCUGCAGGCUUUAUAUGGGUCAACCUCCAGGCAGGGGAGCCGGAUGUCAAGUGGGAGGAUGAAUUUGGCGGCGUGUACGAGAAGCCACGGAUGCAGAACUUCGACUUUUCCGGCGGGUACAAAUACGACCACGUCUGGGAAAUGGAGCUCGAUGCCAACUGGAAGACAGUGAUUGAAAACUACAAUGAAUGCUACCAUUGUGCGACCUCUCACCCUUUGAUCGCGGGGGUGUCGGACCUCACAAAGUACAGGGUUGAGCCGAGCGGCGGAUGCUUGGAGCAUCAGAUUAUUAACAAAAAGUCGGAAGAAGAGGAAGACGAGUUCCGUAGAUCCAUUACCUUUUUCUUUCCCUCGACAUCGGUAACAAUCACACAAAACUUCUUUUACAUUCAGCGCAUGAUCCCCGUCAGCGCCACGAAAACCAGAAUAGAGAAUGAGGUUUAUCGACACCAUAGCGCCGGCGACGAAGAUUUUGCCGCCAUCAAUGCCUUCUACAAACAAGUACUAGAAGAAGACAGGGAGCUUUGUAUCAGGGCACAAGAGAAUCUCAAUGCGGGGGUAUUCAUAAACGGCGAACUUCACCCCGAAAAAGAAAAGGGCCCCAUACACUUUCAGAACACCGUUCGGCAAGAAGUCAUGGCGCAUCGCAUGAAAGAGUUGAACCAGGGCGGUCAUGAGAUUUGGCCCGCCACCCCAAAGCUCGUUGGAGAAAUGAACACAAAAAAGUUAACUGAAGAGGAGACUUUCUGCUCGGAGCUUGAAAGAGCAAGCUGUGGGUUGCGACAGGAGCUUGCUUGGUAG